CAGUGAUCCUGGCGUGAGAAGCUCGGUGUCCCGUAAGCUGCAGAGAUCGAUCCUAGGGUUGGCAGAAUAGAGAGUGACCCACAAGGACAGGAGCCCUGAUUUCUGUAUUGUCAGCUCUCCUCCUUCAUCCCUGAAUCCAGUCAUCAUGCCUAGGGGUCAAAAGAGUAAGAGCCGCUCCCGUGCAAAACGACAACAGGCACGCACUGAGCUCCAGGGUCUCCCAGAAGUUCACCACAGUGCAGAGGAAGCAGCUUCUCCUGUUGACCAGAGUGAUGGCUCCAACUUCCCUGAUGGUUGUGCUCCACAGGGGGUGAAAUCCCCUGGAUCUCUUAGUGCAGCUGUGUCUAGCACAGGCUCUGUUUUAGGUGUUCGCAAUGCUGUUGUUCUUGCUAGUAAGCAAAGUUCAGAUGCUUCCCAGGCAGCAACCUCCAUUCAGCACACCCUUAAAGAUCCUAUCAUGCGGAAGGCUAGUGUGCUGAUAGAAUUCCUGCUAGAUAAGUUUAAGAUGAAAGAGGCAGUUACACGGAGUGAAAUGCUGGCAAUAGUAAACAAGAAGUUUAAGGAACAAUUCCCUGAGAUCCUCCGUAGAACCUCUGCACGCCUAGAGCUAGUCUUUGGUCUUGAGUUGAAGGAAAUAGAUCCCAGCACUCAGUCCUAUUUGCUGGUGGGAAAACUGGGUCUCUCCACUGAGGGAAGUCUGAGUAGCAAUUGGGGGUUGCCCAGGACUGGUCUUCUGAUGUCCAUCCUAGGUGUGAUCUUCAUGAAGGGCAAUCGUGCCACUGAGCAAGAGGUCUGGCAAUUUCUGAAUGGAGUGGGAGUAUAUGCUGGGAAGAAGCACUUAAUCUUUGGGGAACCUGAGGAAUUCAUAAAAGAUCUAGUGCAGGAAAAUUAUGUUGAGUACCACCAGAUUCCUGGCAGUGAUCCCCCAAGUUAUGAGUUCCUGUGGGGUCCCAGAGCCUAUGCUGAAACCACCAAGAUGAAAGUCUUGGAAGUUUUAGCUAAGGUCAAUGGCACUGUCCCUAGUGCUUUCCCCAAUCUCUACCAGUUGGCUCUUAGAGAUCAGGCAGGGGGAGCAAGAAGGAGAGCUCAAGGUAGGGCUAGCGCUGUUGCCAAAGCCAGGGUUCAUUCCAAGCCUCUGUCCCAGAAGUAGUUGAGUCUGUUCUAUAGUUUCUACAUUGUUUGAAGAACAGUCACAGACUCCUAAUUAGAGGAGAGUUCAUAGAAUACCAGAAGCAAAAUGUAUACAUUCUUGACCUUCUAUUCAUUAGUAAAAUGUAGCUAUUUUUGUUACUUUGCAAAUGUCCCUUUAAUUAAGCAGUGAUUUGUGCCAUGUUUUAUAUUAGCUGCAUAAAAAUGGUUAUUGUCACUUGUCAACUUAGGACUCAGAGUUUUGUUACUUUACAACAAACUGGAAAACAUUACUUUGUUUUUACUAAAAUGUUAGGUAUCAUUGCAUUGGAAAAGGGAGUUUCAUGGAAAUGUGAUGUCAUACAAUGGUGAAAGAAAAGUAAAGUGGCAAACUUUUUAUUGUUAUUUUUGAAAAUUUCAUAUAUGAUUGUUAAUUUGUUAGCUGUAUACCUGUAUACUUUUUUCCUUCGUUGUUAAUGCUAAGUAAAAUAAAGUUGUAUUUGAAG